AUGACCUCUCUGGUGACUUCAGCCCUAGAUCGAGUGCGCAACUAUGCUGGGGCAUUCGCCUGGGGCCCGCUGGUUCAAACAUCCCGACAACUUGUCCUCUCAUUGCUCUCGCAAAUCGAAUAUGGCAGCCUCACCUUGGUCGAAAAAAAUGGGACGAGCACAGUGUACGGGGCGACUGGCGCAGAUGCUGUCCAGCCCGCUGCUCACUUGCGUGUGAUCCGCGACUCUUUCUGGCUGCGCCUGGCGUUGUUUGCCGACAUGGGUUUUGCGGAAUCCUUUAUGCUGGGUGAUGUUGAAUGCCCUGACCUAACAGCUUUCUUCCAAAUCUUCAUCUUGAACCGCAAGAAGCUUGCGAACGCCUCCACUAUAACCUCCUCUGUAUCCUCUGCUGUCAGCGGAUUCUUGCGGCGAACGAACACCCUUGCGAAUGCUCGCUUGAAUAUCAGUGCACAUUAUGACAUUAGCAACGCAAUGUUCGAAGCAUUUCUUUCUCCAGAUAUGACCUACUCUUGCCCAAUCUGGAAACCAAAAUCGGAAUUCGUCAUCGGCAAAAAGGCAGAAUCCCUCGAGGAUGCGCAGAUGCGCAAACUCGACAGAUUCAUUGACAAUGCCAAAAUCAAAUCCACGGAUCAUGUCCUCGAAAUCGGGACUGGAUGGGGCAGUCUUGCCAUACGAGCCGUACAGAGAACUGGCUGUCGAAUAACCUCCCUCACCCUCAGUCGAGAACAGAAAGAUCUAGCCGACCGACGGAUAGCUAAAGCAGGAUUAACGGAGAACAUAGAAGUGUUGUUGUGCGACUAUCGAGCCCUGCCCAUGCCGAGGGAAGGUCCAUACGACAAAGUCAUCAGUAUCGAGAUGAUCGAAGCAGUUGGGAGGGAGUUUUUGGCCACAUAUUUCGAAUGCGUUCACAAACUCCUGAAGCCAGAAGGAGGCAUCACAGUCUUCCAGUGCAUUACUAUGCCCGAGUCGAGAUAUGAGGCAUAUUCCAGGGGCGAGGACUUCAUUCGCAAAUACAUCUUCCCUGGUGGUCAUUUACCAACAGUGUCGCAAUUGGUGGAAUCAAUCAAUAAGGGCAGCCAAGGUCUGCUGAUAGUGGACGCCAUCGAAAAUAUCGGCCCUCAUUAUGCAAAAACGCUGCGGUUAUGGAGAAAAAAUUUCCAGACGAAUUUCGACGCCCGGAUCCAACCUGCCUUGCUGGCCGAGCAUGAGGGAAUGACUGCAUACGAUGUUGCUCUGUUCCGCAGGAAGUGGGAGUAUUACUUCACAUAUUGUGAAGCCGGCUUCAACACCAAAACCCUCGGGGAUGUGAUCAUUACUGCUGCGCGCGAAGGUGCGAUGGAGACGAUGGAGCAGGUCCCAUUAUAA